GCAACCGCCGCGGAGCAGCCAAGCAACCACCUUCCCCUGCCCGUUCCCGCGCCCGGGCCGGGGCUAGGCCCCCAACCGCCGGGUCUCCGGGGGCUGCAGUAGCGGCGGCGGCGACAGCGGCGCCGCCCGCGGUUCCCGCCGGGGCCCGGGCGCCGGCCCCGCUCUGCAGGAUGGGCACGGUGCUGUCUCUAUCCCCCGCCUCUUCGGCCAAGGGCCGGAGGCCCGGCGGGCUGCCCGAAGAGAAGAAGAAAGCGCCGCCCGCGGGGGACGAGGCGCUGGGGGGCUACGGGGCGCCGCCAGCAGGCAAGGGCGGCAAAGGCGAGAGCCGGCUCAAGCGGCCGUCAGUGCUCAUCUCGGCGCUGACCUGGAAGCGCCUGGUGGCCGCAUCUGCCAAGAAGAAGAAAGGCAGCAAGAAGGUGACGCCCAAGCCGGCAUCCACGGGCCCUGACCCCCUGGUCCAGCAACGCAACCGCGAGAACCUUCUCCGCAAGGGUCGGGAUCCCCCCGACGGCGGCGGCGCCACCAAGCCACUGGCGGUGCCGGUGCCCACCGUGCCCGCGGCCGCUGCCACCUGCGAGCCGCCGUCGGGGGGCAGCGGGGCCGCCCCGCCGCCGGGUUCCGGUGGGGGCAAGCCUCCACCGCCGCCACCCCCAGCCCCGCAGGCGGCGCCGCCGGUGCCUGGCGGCUCGCCGCGGCGGGUCAUCGUGCAGGCGUCCACCGGCGAGCUGCUGCGCUGCCUGGGCGAUUUCGUGUGCCGACGCUGCUACCGCCUCAAGGAGCUGAGCCCGGGCGAGCUGGUGGGCUGGUUCCGCGGAGUGGACCGCUCGCUGCUGCUGCAGGGCUGGCAAGACCAGGCCUUCAUUACGCCCGCCAACCUGGUGUUCGUGUACCUGCUGUGCCGCGAGUCGUUGCGCGGGGAUGAGCUGGCGUCGGCCGCCGAGCUGCAGGCCGCCUUCCUCACCUGCCUCUACCUCGCCUACUCCUACAUGGGCAACGAGAUCUCAUACCCGCUCAAGCCCUUCCUCGUGGAGCCCGACAAGGAGCGCUUCUGGCAACGCUGCCUGCGCCUCAUCCAGCGGCUCAGCCCCCAGAUGCUGCGGCUCAACGCCGACCCCCACUUCUUCACGCAGGUCUUUCAAGACCUCAAGAACGAGGGCGAGGCCGCCGCCGGCGCCGGGGGUCCACCCAGCGGGGGCGCGCCCGCGGCCCCCUCCUCCUCCUCGGCCGCCAGGGACAGCUGCGCGACCGGAGCCAAGCACUGGACUAUGAACCUGGACCGCUAAGGGAUUCCCAGGGCCGCGCCCGCCCCCCACCCCCAUCCCAGCCCCUGACACGCACUCGGAGCCCCCGGGACCAUCAAGCCGCCGCCGCUGUUAUCGCCGCUCCGCGCCGCGGCCGGAGGAGGAGCCGCCCCUGUCCCGCAGGGGAAGGUGGAGGCCAGGACGCCAGAGGCCGCAGCUCUGAAUAUGCUAGGCAUAGGGUGGGGGAUGCGCGUGGGAGGGGGAACCCCCAACCUCACCCUUUCUGUCUGCCUGUGCCCCAUGUCUUCAAUUCUACCUGGAUCUCCUCCUUC